GAUUGAGAGAUUCUAGAAGUAGUUGGGAAUUUAAAAGGUCUUCAAUUGCUUAAUCUUUCCAAUAACAUCCUUGUUGGUCUGAUCCCACCGGCCGUGGGAGACCUUACAAAUCUUGAAGCAUUUGAUCUUUCUGCAAACAAAUCAUGGGAAGAAUUCCUACACAGUUGGUACAGCUCAAUUUUUUUGAAGUCUUCAAUGUGUCUCACAACUAUUUGACAGGACCCAUCCCAAAUGGCUGACAAUUUGACACAUUUGAAAGCAGCUCUUUUGAGGGAAAUUUAGGGCUAUGCAGAAUGCCACUGUUGAAGAAAUGUGACUACCAUAGCUCCAAGGUAUUGCCUCCACCAUCUUCAACCUCUAAAGGAAAUGAAGACUCUGGAUUGUUAGCCAAAUUUGCUUGGAAAUUAGUGUUGUUGGGUUAUGGAAGUGGAUUCCUUGUCGGUGUGAUCAUUGGAUGCACUGUUUUUACAAGAAGAGAUGAAUGGUUUAUGAAGACAUUCCAAAUCAGGCAGCCAAGAAGGCAAAGGAAGGGGUGGGAAAGAUUGAACAGUUGGAUGCAGUGAAGAUGAUAUCUAUCUGCUCAUGCUAUUAUUUCCUUAUAUAUUUAUUUUUCCUUCUUUUCUCUGUAUGUGUGGAUUACAUCCAAGUUCAGUGCAAGAGCAAUGUAUACUAACAUGGAGUGGAAUUUUAAAUCUGCAUGAAUAAGCUGCACCGCUACUUCAGUAGCUGAUGUAUCGGCUUUUGAAUUUGCACGCUUGAUGCUUCCCUUCCUAUACCACCAUUGAACAUCAUCUUCGAUUCGGCUUCAAAAUAUAGAUUCAAUGGCCAA